AUGUCCCUGCUCUUCUCUCGAUGCAACUCCAUCGUCACAGUCAAGAAGGAUAAGAGACACAUGGCUGAAGUGAAUGCUUCCCCGCUCAAGCACUUUGUCACCGCCAAGAAGAAGAUCAAUGGCAUUUUCGAGCAGCUGGGGGCCUACAUCCAGGAGAGCUCCACCUUCCUGGAAGAAACCUACAGGAAUGCAGAACUGGACCCGGUUACGACAGAAGAACAGGUUCUGGACGUCAAAGGUUAUCUAUCCAAAGUGAGGGGCAUCAGCGAGGUGCUGGCCCGGCGGCACAUGAAGGUGGCUUUUUUUGGCCGGACGAGCAACGGGAAGAGCACCGUGAUCAAUGCCAUGCUCUGGGACAAAGUGCUGCCCUCCGGGAUUGGCCACACCACCAACUGCUUCCUGCGGGUGGAAGGCACCGAUGGCCACGAGGCCUUCCUCCUCACGGAGGGCUCAGAGGAGAAGAGGAGCGUCAAGACAGUGAACCAGCUGGCGCACGCCCUUCACCAGGACGAACAGCUGCAUGCGGGCAGCCUGGUGAGUGUGAUGUGGCCCAACUCCAAGUGCCCGCUUCUCAAGGAUGACCUGGUGCUGAUGGACAGCCCUGGCAUCGAUGUCACCACAGAGCUGGACAGCUGGAUUGACAAGUUUUGCCUGGACGCCGACGUGUUUGUGCUGGUGGCCAACUCGGAGUCCACCCUGAUGCAGACGGAAAAGCAAUUCUUCCACAAGGUGAGCGAGCGCCUGUCCCGCCCUAACAUCUUCAUCCUGAACAACCGCUGGGACGCGUCUGCCUCGGAGCCUGAGUACAUGGAGGAGGUGCGGCGGCAGCAUAUGGAGCGCUGCACCAGCUUCCUGGUGGAUGAGCUGGGUGUGGUGGAUCGGGGCCAGGCUGGAGACCGCAUCUUCUUCGUGUCCGCCAAGGAGGUGCUCAACGCCAGGAUCCAGAAGGCCCAGGGCAUGCCCGAAGGAGGGGGCGCUCUUGCAGAAGGCUUUCAAGUGAGGAUGUUUGAGUUUCAGAAUUUUGAGAGGAGAUUUGAGGAGUGCAUCUCCCAGUCGGCCGUGAAGACCAAGUUUGAGCAGCACACGGUCAGGGCCAAGCAGAUCGCGGAGGCCGUCCGCCUCAUCAUGGACUCUCUGCACAUUGCAGCGCAGGAGCAGCGGGUCUACUGCAUGGAAACGCGUGAAGAGAGGCAGGAGCGGCUGAGGUUUAUUGAUAAGCAGCUGGAGCUCUUGGCGCAAGACUACAAGCUGAGAAUUAAGCAGAUUACAGAGGAAGUCGAGAGGCAGGUGUCGACCGCGAUGGCUGAGGAGAUCCGGCGCCUCUCUGUGCUGGUGGACGAGUACCAGAUGGACUUCCACCCUUCCCCCGUGGUCCUCAAGGUUUACAAGAAUGAACUGCACCGCCACAUAGAGGAAGGACUGGGCCGAAACAUGUCAGACCGCUGCUCCACGGCCAUCACCAACUCCCUGCAAACCAUGCAGCAGGAGAUGAUGGACGGCUUGAAACCCCUCCUUCCUGUGUCUGUGCGGAGUCAGAUGGAUAUGCUGGUCCCUCGGCAGUGUUUCUCCCUCAGCUACGACCUCAACUGUGACAAGCUGUGCGCCGACUUUCAGGAGGACAUUGAAUUUCACUUUUCCCUCGGGUGGACCAUGCUGGUGAACCGGUUCCUGGGCCCCAAGAACAGCCGCCGGGCCUUGAUGGGCUACAGCGACCAGGUGCAACGGCCCAUGCCCCUGACCCCAGCCAACCCCAGCAUGCCCCCACUGCCCCAGGGCUCCCUCACCCAAGAGGAGCUCAUGGUUUCCAUGGUCACGGGCCUGGCCUCCCUGACGUCCAGGACCUCCAUGGGCAUUCUCGUUGUUGGAGGAGUGGUGUGGAAGGCCGUGGGAUGGCGACUCAUCGCCCUCUCCCUUGGCCUCUAUGGCCUCCUCUACGUCUAUGAGCGUCUGACCUGGACCACCAAGGCCAAGGAGAGGGCCUUCAAGCGCCAGUUUGUGGAGUACGCCAGCGAGAAGCUGCAGCUCAUCAUCAGCUACACCGGCUCCAACUGCAGCCACCAAGUCCAGCAGGAACUGUCCGGGACUUUUGCUCAUUUGUGCCAGCAAGUUGAUGUCACCCGGGAGAACCUGGAGCAGGAAAUCGCCGCCAUGAACAAGAAAAUUGAGGUUCUUGAUUCACUUCAGAGCAAAGCCAAACUGCUCAGGAAUAAAGCCGGCUGGUUGGACAGCGAACUCAACAUGUUCACCCACCAGUACCUGCAGCCCAGCAGAUAG